AUGGGCGACACCCCCUCCACACAAUCCAGCCCCACUUCCACGCAACCCGACUCCAACGAAUCCUUCAGCCCCAUCACACUCCUCCACAGCCCACCCCGCCGCCUCCUCCUCCCAGGCGAAAGCAUCACCUCAGCCGAAAACCGGCUCGGUUUCCGUCUCGACGAAGAACCCCCAAAACACACCCGCGCCGCCACGAGAGAAGCCCUCGCGCGGGGCGCCGCCUGGCUAGCCUCCGAACCACUAUGGAGCAUGGCAAGCCGGAUGGGGCCGGAGCCCGCAUGGAAGGGGGUGAAGAUUCUCGGGGAAGGGGGGAAUGGGACGGCUGGGAAAUGGGAAUUGAGGUAUGGGAGGCCGGCGGAGGGGACGCAGGGACGAUUACCUUUUAAGACGUGUGUGGUUAAGCAGCAGGCGGGGGAUUGGGGCGAUAUAGGGAAUGAGGCGAAGAUUUAUGAGGUUUUGAGACAUGCUUCCUCGCAGCAUGUUGUUAAGAUGUAUCGGAGGUUGUAUGAGGAUGUUGGGCUGGGGACUGUGAGGGCGGAUUUGAAGGGGCCGGUGCAGAGGAUUUAUUUGGAGUAUUGUGCGCAGGGGGAUUUGUUCGAUAUGAUAAGUAAGAAGUUCAAGGAAAAGUAAGUUUUCGUCAUGUCAGCGAUGGUCGUAUAUUCGUUAACUUGCUAGACAAUACUUUGACGAAUAUGAGAUUUGGGAUGUAUUUCAUUGUUUAGCCCGCGGUCUGUAUGCUAUGCAUUCUGGGCAUGAAAAUCUUGAUGAGGAACGAUGGGAUCGAGAUGAGAUAGCUCAUUUUGAUUUUAAAGGGCAGAAUGGUAUGUUAAAAGCCCGAGCACUUUUCUGAUUCAACAGCUGCUUAACAUUCCCUAGUCUUCCUUGGCGAUGGCAUAAGAGACGAAGAACACAAGGGAGCUCGUGUGAUGAAGGUACUAUUGUCCAAUUGUGGAUAUACCGCCUCCCUACCACUAAUCGACACCCUAACAUUAUGAUAGAUUGGCGAUUUCGGGAAUGCAAAAGAGGUGCCUGUCAACCAAGACCUCGCUUACAAUUUCCAUUAUAGAUGGUGUGGCACAGAACCUUAUAAACUACCUGUAAGUUAGUCAGUCAUAUGAUACUCGACAAUACAGUCACUAACUCGUGUGCAAGGAGCAACUCAGAACUCGAGAGCAUGAACUCGAUCGGCCUUGGAUGGAUAAAAGCGUAGGUACAACAUUAAUUAUACUUCUCCCUUCCAGCUUCCCCUUUAUUGAAAACACUGACACGCAAAUGUAGCCUAAAACCAUGUGGGAGGCAGGCGACGGAAAUAUCCUCAAAAAUCUUCGCUAUGGAACUCACUCCAACGUCUGGCAGCUUGGAAUUAUAAUAUGGCAAAUGAUCCAUUGUACGGAAUGGGAACACAAAGAUCUACCAGACACUGAAUAUAUUUGCAAGGGUGACGUGCAAUGGCCGGAUACCAAGUUCUUUCGACCAGGUCCUAAGGGAAGAUUUGAGCUUAAACUUUAUAAAGUAGCCAGUACUUGGCUUGGCAAGAAUGAUGCAGUGGGUGGAGUACAUACUCUUGCUACGCAAGACGAUAUAGACUAUUACAACGGAAUGUAUGAUGCGCUACCAGCUGAGCCGAAAGCCAACGCUGAUAAAACCAUUUCGGAAGCAGAACGCCAAAUGAAUAGGAAAAUGCGAGCAAUUGAAAAUCGUGCGAGGGCAACUAUUCGCGAGGACCGACUAUAUAGCGAUACGUUGCACAAACUGGUGAUGGAUUGUUUGAUUGUACAAGGAGAAGCUCGAAUCCAUGUCAAAGACUUAUAUCGAAAGACGCAAAGGUUCAAGAAUUUCUGGCGAGCAAAGAAAGGACCAGAACUACCACCUCCCUAUGUACCCGAACCUGAACUGGGAGAGCUCCCGGCUCCGUGGGACGAUACCACGAGAGAAAGUGGCGGAGGCCUAGGCAGACCCGUUCCAGAAGGAUUCGAAUCCCGUCCUCUCGGUCUCUUUGAUCUGUUUAAGGCGACCCGGAGAUAUGAAAGGGCGGAGGAAAUUAUAAAUUGGUCUCGGAAAAACCCAAUUGGGGAUGAUGUGCCGGAUCAUGAGGUGAACGAGGCACAGAGUCUCAUAAUACGCAAUGCCAGGCACAUUAUCGGGGUAAGGAAUGAACUACGCAUGUUUGGGGGCCAGAGACAAAAGCCUAACCCCCCAGUACCCCAUCCGUUUCCGAAAGGGUUCAUAUAUGAUCGACCCGGGGAAGAUAAGGGAGCCGCAGAUCCUGGGACGGGCGUUGUGCAACCUGGACAGGGUCCUAAUCCCGACCCACCUCCACCUCCGCCAAUAUCCGGAGAACGAGCGACUCAUGACAAAGGAAACCCAAAAGAACCAAGGGAUUUUUCUUUUGAAGCUACGCCUGUAGACAUGAAAGGUCAACUACCGGUACCUCUUCCAGGGGGCGCAGGAGCAGAUUUUAAAGAAAAAUCAAAAGAUAAAAGCAAGAGGAGAAGCAAAAGCGGAAGCAAAAAAAGAAGCAGAAGUAAAAGCAAAACACCCACCUGGCCCGAAUUCCCCAUCGGACUACAAACCAGCCUCAACAAAUCCUUCCUCCAACAGGCACUCGAGAUCCCCGAACUCAAAAACACAAUUUUAUUCUGUACAGUAAUUGACAAAAGCGGAGGAACAGAAAUGCUCAAAGGUAUUAUAUAUCUAACAGGAUUACUGCCGACGACGACGGUAUAUCAGAUGAAAGAGAUGUUGAGCGAAAAGGAGACGGGAAUUCCGGUGAAAGAUAUGAAGUUGAUGGGGCAGGAUCGAUUGACUGUUUUUAGGGAGUUUGAGGAUGAGGAAACUAGAGCGGCGAUAUAUGAGAUUGAGAUUUGUGUUUAUGAUAUUACGAGGGUGUGAGUUUAGGGUAAAGUGAGAAUGAGGGUCUUUUAGGAUAGGAAAAAGGGAUAAAGAUAAGAUAAGGUAGAUUUAUUUCGGUUUUGUUUUGGGUCAAAAAUUGAAUUCAUAUCGAGGAAGAAUUUAUAUAAUGUUUCAUGCAUCUGAACGUCUCGUCAUCGACGAGGAGUAGUGAGAUAUUAUGUAAGCAAUUUCCCAAUCUCAGACCAAUACCUCGAAAUGCUCAUCAAUAAUAAACAAAGUCACAAUGUCUGAGUCCUGACUUAGGAAUUGCCGCCCAGAGUCCCAUGGUGUUUUCUUAAAAACUAUCCAUCAUUCUAUAUGACAGAUUCUAGAACUGUGGUAUCAUCAAAGCGACUAAUUAGGCUAUGGAUACCCAAACA